ACUCCUUGAUUGUUGAGAACAUGACACACUCAACCGAAAACGCCCAGCCGGAUGGGCAAAGGGCAGGAUCGAACUCUUCUGAGAAGGAGCUUGACCAACCCUCAACCUUGGACUCGCUUCCUGUCUUGUCUUCGUCGCCUACUCCGGAAGAUUUUGAGAGGGAUUGGCCGACAGGAUGGCGUCCGUACACGUCUUUGUUUGGAUGCUUCUUACUCAUGUAUUGUAGCUGGGGCUUGGUGAAUGCGUACGGGACAUUUGCUUCCUACUACUCCGAGUCGCUCUUCCGUGGUGACGAUCUUAUGUUAAGCAACUUGAUCGGCUCAACGCAAUGCUUUGUCAUUCUCUUCUUCUCAUUUAUCGUCGGUCGAUUGCUGGAUGCAAACCAUAGCCGUGAGCUGCUGUUGGCUGGUUCGGUCAUUGUCACCGUAGGCAUGUUCAUGCUGAGCAUUUCCAAUGGUAAUGGAGGCUUGAACCAAGGUAACUAUGGCUUGACAUGGUUGACACAAGGUCUGGUGACUGGACUGGGCAUGUCCUGCUUCUUCGUGUCAAGUUCUCAAACGACGUGGUUCCAGAAGAGAAAGGGAUUUGCUUUGGGCGUCGUAGCCUCUGGUGCCAGUAUUGCUGGACUUACCCUGCCGUACGAUAUGUCACUAUCGUUAUAUCCGUUUCAAGCUUCGNCGGCAGUACUGCUGGCCCGACCAAACCCCGCACAUCCCUUCAGAUCGCCCAAGAAGUGGAUGUCAAAGAGAACAUGGGUCGAUACAUCAGCGUUCCGUGAUGGUGCAUUCUGCUGCUUCACGGCAUCGAUCUGUGCUCUCUUCCUGGGAUUCUACUGCGUAUUCUUCAGCCUCGAAGAGUGGGCCGCGACCAAUGGAAUCGCCUACAAAGGUACCUCACCUCCAGGAGACCGGAUGGCUCUGUCGACAUACUGGCUGUUGAGCAUCAUGAAUGGCUGCAGUACCUUUGGUCGGCUCAGCUCUGCUUGGCUUUGUGAUAGAUUCGGAGCAGUGAACGUCCACAUGACAGUGACGAUUGUGUCCAGCAUUCUUUGCUUGUUCCUGUGGACGUUCGCCAAGACGCUCGCACCGGCUUUGGUUUUUGCCAUCCUGUUUGGAGCCUUUUCCGGUUCUGUGAUUGGACUGCCUUCAGCAUCAAUGGCGGCCAUCCUCGGGAAGAAGCCAGAAAGACAGGCCAGGCUUGGACAUUGGGUAGGCAUGAUGUACACAGCGGCAGCGCCGUUUGCACUGGUCGGACCUGUGAUUUCUGGGCACUUGGUCACGAAAUACAACACUUACCUCGGAGUGCAGAUUUGGAGCGGGAUGUGUCUGCUUUUGAGUGCAAUCUUCAUGGCAGGAGCAGUGUUUUUCAAACGCAGAAACGAGAUGAGCACUGGCAGUGACGAAAAGGUG